AUGGCAUCAAGAAAACACUGGAACGAAGACGGACUUUCGAGGCUAAAUUCACAUCUUUUGUGGAUGAUAAAGAAGAGCAAGACAUUUGUCGGUUUUUUUGGAAGCAUUGAACCGACACAAAGACACAAUACAAGUAUGUCUUUACGUCAUCCAUCUACGGGUUUGUGGUUGCUGCAAGCCGAUGAAUUCCAAGCAUGGCUCCGGAAAGACACUAAGAGGCUCUGGUUAUCCGGAAUACCUGGAGCCGGCAAAACGGUCUUGGCCAGUGCCAUAAUCGAAGAGGCAGAAAAGUAUGUCAACGAUUCGUCCAAGGCAGUUUCUUACUACUACUGUGACUACAAGGACGAGAAAAGCCAAGACCCUGUCAAUAUACUUGGCUCUCUUGUAACUCAAUUGGCCCAGCAAAACCCUGACAGCUUUGAUCUCCUUCGACAAUACUACCGACACUGUAAUCCAAAAUCUAAGGCUCCAGUCUCGCCUGAUGUUCCUGGGCUCAUCGAUGUUAUAAGAAAAAUGGGUACUGUCUUCGAGGAUGUUUCUGUCAUCGUGGAUGCCUUGGAUGAAUGUGGAAAGAAGACUGCAUAUCUCACAAAAACACUUGCAGGAAUGUGUUCUACCAUUGGAGCUGAAAACAACCUCAAGAUCGUACUCCUCAGCAGAGAUGAGGAAGAAAUCAGACAAUGUCUUGCUCCUAAUUUUACCCAUUUACGGAUAGCAGCCCAGAGCGGAGACCUUGAGCUGUAUGUUGCUGCCGAAAUUGACAAACGUAUGAAGGACGGAAGGUUGGGGAUCAGGAACUUAAAACUCAAAGAAGAGGUUAUGGAGCGUUUGGUUAAAGAUGCUGAUGGAAUGUUUCGCUGGGUGACCUGCCAGUUAGAUUAUCUUUGCGAGCUCCCACACGAUAGAGCACGGCGUAAGGCUCUCAAAUGUCUUCCCCCGGAUCUCAAUUCCACCUAUGAACGGAUAAUCCACCGAGUUAACAACCAAAACCAACAAGUAAGGUCACUUGUCCGAAGUACUUUACGUUGGAUUAUCCACGCCAAAGAAAGACUUUCCGUCGACGCUCUCUGUGAAGCUUUAUCAAUCGAAGACGACCUCAACUUCCUAGAUCCUGACGGCAGACCUACCGCACAAGACUUGCUCAUGUAUUGCAGCAGCCUUUUACGUGUAUCUGUUGAUGGAGAGUAUCUUGAGCUUGCUCAUUUCACAGUUGAAGAAUACCUUACCAAAGGAAUACUUGAGUCGGCAGCCGAUGAUCCUGAUAUAAUGUCCUACAUCGUAAGGCCCGCAGAAAGCACCAUGGAACUGGCAAGGACAUGCUUGCUGUAUUUAAAUCUCCAAGAUUUCAAGCAGGACGUGGCGAAGGACAUUGAGGAAUGGUUCCAGAUCAAGGAAGACUUUCCGUUCCGGAUGCAUGCCGCAUUAUACUGGCCUGAGUACGCUGACUCGCACUGGAAAGAUGCCGAUAUCUUUGGCCUUGCCAAACAACUUUUCCAUCCAUCAAAAAGCAAAAACUUCCUCACGUGGGCACAGGACUAUUGUGUGAAUUACGCAUUUUCAUGGAUUAGAAAAUUUGAGGAGACCUUCCAGAACUUUACUGGAUUCGAAGAGACAUUUCAAGAAGUAACCGCAUUCUCCACAUCGUACGGUAUUUCGACGUUGCAUUACUCCGUUUUUACCAAGAUAUUACGACUAUUACUUGAGAAGGAAUCUCCGGUUGACUAUCGUCUCGGUUGCGCCAUCCACCCAGUUCAUAUUGCUGUUGCUCAGAGGAACAACGAUGGCCUUCAAUGCCUCCUCGAGCAUUAUUGUCGCAGUAUAAGGAACACUUCGGUCACCAGUAAUACUAGUUCCGUUGCAGCAUCCAGCCGCUUCACUGAAGAUAAGAAAGCCGGAUACAGAGGAGAACAUAGCCAAGCGCCAAAUGGUGAUACUUCACCUGACAAGGAACAAAACUCUUUCAUAGUCAAUAUCCCCAUACAGUAUGCCACAAGUCAGGGGCCAUGGGGUUUAUCAGACGAAAUUAUCACCGAAUACAAGGACCAGGCAACUCCCUUGCAUAUAGCAGCUUGGAUUGACAACUACGAAGCUGCGCUGAUUCUUCUGCAAUAUGGCGCGGAGAUCGAUCCCCAGGACAAACACUUACAGACUCCUCUCCAUUAUGCUGCUUGGAGAGGAUCGACAUUAGUCGCGGGAUUACUCUUAAAGAAUGAAGCAAAUGCCAAUGCUCGCACUGAUUUCAACCAAACACCAAGCAUGCUGGCUGUGGAAAAUGGUCACUUAGAGAUACUACAAGAGCUGCAGAUAUAUGCACCGCAACUGAAUUGUGUUGAUCAACUCGGAAGAAAUCUUGUCCACUACGCUUGCAAGGCUGAGGAUGCGGAAAUUUUAGCGUACAUCCUGACGAUGGGUAUCCAACACACCAAGAAUGUCUUUGGUGUCUUCCCUCUCUGUUAUGUCUUUAACGAUAUCGAUGUGACAGCCAAACUCUGUUUAUUGCUCAACAAUUCGGAAACAAUGGCAGAUGCGAAUCACGUGGAUAGCAUUGGAGUUCAACUUCUCAUAAAAAACCACAGAAAUUCCGUACUCAAGAAGGUUUUGAAAAAAUUACCCGAGUACUGCGGAGCCAGGAAGACCAUCAACACUCAAAUCGGCAAUGCUGUAGCGAACCCUUUGUGCCAAGCUGCUAGUGUCGGAGACGUAAAGGUUAUGGAACUCCUAAUCGAUGCUGGCGCGGACAUUGAAGCCGAAGGCUGUGACGAAGGGACUCCACUCAUGGCAGCAUGCAACUCGGGGCGACUUUCAGUUGUCGAGUUUCUCAUCCGCAGAGGGGCCAAGGAGGCAUAUUGCAAAGACGGUGUCGUCUAUGACUGCAUCGGCACUGCUAAGCACUUCCCCGAAAUUCGUCAAUGGAUACUCGUUGGACGAUACACUCAACAACGCAAGAUCGCAGAUGAUUCUGGUGGCAAUCGGGAACAGAGAGAAUUCAAACCAUGGUCAGGGUUAGAGCAGAUGGAGAUACCGUUGACUGGAAAUUAUGGACGACAUGCCGAAGAAACCACACUGGAUCAUGUCUGUCGUCUCCAACGGAUGCGGGAAGACUUGGCGGGUGAGGUUUUGCUAUGGCCCGAGGGGUGUGAGUAUCCAUUUGUCGGGGUUUGAUUUCUAGCAUUGCUGUGGCGUCUGGAUCUCAUGGAGUUCUCUUAAAAUUUCUCCUGCAUAUAGUUUUCGAACUUUGGAGCCAGGCGGUUUGAAUGACGGAGUUUCAUUUAUUUUAUCAUCGAGCAUCGGGAAGGUGGGAGGAGUUUGGCGUCUACCUGGCUAUAGAUUGCAUGAUUAAAUUAUCAUAGGGAUGUCACUUGAAGUACAGGAACAUGCCUACUAAAUAUGCUCUUUCGACAACCAUGAACUCACUCAUGGAAAGUGUUGAAAACAGACCAGCAGUGUAUAGUGAAGUGAGAUACACGUUGCUGGCAAGACUUCAUGUCAGCUCAGACUAUUGCUCAAAC